CUCUACAAGAAGAAGUACAAGUGGAGGAGAGAAGCAGCCAGUUACCGGCACCACAUGCCCCGUUACCACCCUGUCCCCCCACCGCUCUACCCCCUCCACCCCCUCCCCAACAACCCCUUCCCCUUCUACCCGCCUGGCAUCAUCGGUGGGGAGUACGACCAGAGACCUGGCAUCCCCGGUGGUAUUCUGCCCCGCCCCCGCUACGACCCUAUUGGUCCGCUCCCAGGUCACGAUCCCACAGCAGGAGGGCUGAUUGGACGAAGGGGGCUGAGACCUGCUGGGAACCGGCCGGCUGACAUCAGAAGAGGGUUCAUAUGACCUCCCUGACCAGUGACCUCUAGUGGUGGUGUAGGAGUAUGACCACCACACAGAGAAGUGUAGGAGUAUGACCACCACACAGAGAAGCUUAAAUAAAACAGAGAUGUUGAAGACUGACUGAUUAGCCUACCUUAAAUAAGCCACCUGAGUGCUAUAGUCACAGAUAAAUGGCGUUGUUCGGUCUAUAAACACUAACCCUCAUCCAGCCUGCUUAUUAUCCCCUAAACCUCAUCUAGGUGUUUUUAUAAACCCUAUCCAUGACCCAGAAUCAGCUUUUAAUAGCUCAUGUUCUCCUGUGUGUGUUUAGUAAGUGAUGAGGUCAGAUCAUACCGAUCUGCUAUCUUCAUUUGAUCUCUCUGUUGUUGCAGAAAAUGUUGCUGCACAGCAGGAAAUGUAAACUUCUAAAAGUUUUCCCGUGAGAAACCGGUCAAAUUGAAUAUAGUAGAUCUGUAAGGGUGCCUGGGGGAUUGAGGUGGCCGUUUCGAUCUUCCACCAUUCACAAUGAAGACAUUUUGUACUUGUUUCCUCGCAGACUAAUAGCUGUAAAUAAAAUGAGAAAAUGGCAAUCGACUGGUUUUUAGCUGUGGUCAUAUUUGAGCCCUCAGUCUCUCUCUGAAAACCAGACUGUUCAGGGACGCUUCAAUAGUCAUGUACACUGAACUAAAAUAUAAACAUGUACAUGUAGAAUGUCUCUGUUUUAUGAGUUGAUAUAAAAGAUCCCAGAAAUGUUUCGUA